CCUGGCAACAGGGUCAGCAAAUGGCCAGAUCAAACGACUAUUUGAAACGGUCACGAAAAUCAAUGAAAAGUGGGGACCCUUCGACAUGCAUUUGUGUGCUGGAGAUUUGUUUGGUGAACAGGAGGACUCUGAAGAAAUUGAACUCUUGAUUAAAGGUGACAUUAAAGUACCACUUGAUGCAUAUUUCAUGUAUGGAAAGAAUGAAAUUCCCUCAAAAAUAAGUGAACGAAUCAAGAAUAAUAGCGGCCAAGUUUGCGAAAAUCUCUCAUAUCUUGAGGGCGAAAGAGGUGUUAUUCUUACAACACAUGGCGCGAGAAUAGCCUACGUCAAUGGAAUACCAAAAUCCUCACAAUUCGAUUCAAUAAAUGGAGGCGUAGAUAUUUUUCUUAGUUACGAAUGGCCGAAAUGCAUAACGCGAUUUUCCAAUCAACAUAACAUUACAAAAGAUUUUCAAAAUUAUGGGUCACGGCGUGUCGCGGAUAUCUCAUUGUCGAUCAAACCACGAUAUCAUUUCGCUACUGCUGCAUCAAAAAAACAACUUUUGCCACUUGCAAUAAAUCAAAGUAAAGAAACAGAAAGCAAGUGGUAUUACGGGUUCAAUCUUGUCCCUUUUUUGCAUCUCGAUCAGACCUCUAAAAUUGAAAUACCAAUGAACAUCACUGAAUGUCCGCUUUCUGUCGCGCAGCCAAAAAAAGGCAAAAAGCGGGAUGAUGACGAAAAAGUAUAUUCACAUUAUUCAAACGAAUCUAAUUCGGAAAAAAAAUACAAAAAACAAAAGCGUGGAGAAAGAGGUCCACCACCUGAAAAAUAUGUUUGCCAUAUAUGUGACGAACCAGGCCACUGGAUUGACGAAUGUACAGUUAACAAAUGCAUCGAGUGUAAACAAAAAGGUCACUCAAUACAAACGUGUCCAAAUAAGAAGGACAGACCUCCGAAAGAACUAGGACCCUGUUGGUUUUGCUUGAGCAAUCCGAAAGUCUCCAAACAUCUCGUUGUUUCGGUAGGAACCGAAGUAUAUGUGGCUGUAGCUAAAGGAGGCUUAAUAGAUACAACAAAUAAAUUAGUCUCCCCAAUCAUACCAGGAGGUGGUCACGUAUUGAUUAUAUCUCUUGCACAUUAUGAAACGUUUUCGUCAGCAUCCGAAGAAGUCCGAGACAAGAUAUCUGAAGAAAUCGAAAAAUACAAAGAGAGCUUGCGAGAAAUGUUCAAUCAUUAUGGCGCCAAUCUAUUGACAUUCCAAGUAUCUGUGUGUGGAAAGCGUCACCAUGCUCAUAUACAAGUUGUUCCGGUCCCGAUAAAAUAUGAUUCUGAAUUCAUCAGAGAAAAAUUUGUUAAAGAAGCCAAAGCGGAAGGGUUCAUUUUUGAGGAAGGGCCUCCUUUGGUUGCUGAAGAUGAUAGUGAUAAUGAUGAAAGAUCUAAAGAAUGUAAUUUCUCUGUGGAAUUGCCAAACGUAUUGGCGAAUUUAUUUGAAACUCCUGAACGUGCAAGCUGGAAAGCGUGUUCCCUAAAUCAAACUAAAGAGGAACAAGAUCGCGAUCAAUUUCGCUCUGCUUUCAAAGAUUUUGAUUUUACAUUGAAAGAAUGA